AUGGCCGCAGUAACGUUAUCGCCUGGGCCAUCUGGAUCCGAUGGAAAGCAACGGAAAAGGAAAAGUGGACAAGACUCAGAUGAUGAAGACAGUCAAGGAGGGUCAUAUGGAACAGGACCUGAAGGUGCAGAUAAAGAACGUUUUGCUAGGGAGAGCCACUGUGAGAUUGAGCGACGGAGGAGAAACAAGAUGACAGCCUACAUAAAUGAGCUCUCUGAUAUGGUGCCUACAUGCAGCACACUGGCCCGUAAACCUGACAAGCUGACCAUUUUACGUAUGGCUGUGUCACAUAUGAAAACCUUGCGUGGUACAGGAAACACCGGUAGUGAUGGUUCAUACAGACCAUCGUUUCUGACAGACCAGGAGCUGAAACACCUGAUUCUUGAGGCAGCUGAUGGAUUUCUCUUUGUAGUCCAGUGUGACUCUGGACGAAUCAUUUACAUGUCCGACUCCGUGACGCCAGUUUUAAACCAAAGCCAGGGUGACCUGUUUGGUUCAACAUUAUACGACCUGACUCACCCCGAUGAUGUAGAGAAAGUUCGAGAACAGUUGUCCACUACAGAGUCACAGAACACGGGCAGAAUUCUGGACCUCAAGACUGGCACUGUAAAGAAAGAGGGACACCAGUCAUCAGUGCGUCUUUGUAUGGGAUCACGUCGGGGCUUUAUAUGUCGGUUACGCAUGGGAAAUGUUCAGUCAGAUCCCAUGACAGCAAACCAUACAGUACGCAUGCGCCAGAGAAACACACUAGGUCCGGCAUCGGAUGGUCAUCAUUAUGCUGUCGUACACAUUACCGGAUAUGUCAAGAACUGGCCACCCGCUUCGGGUGUACAGAUAGAUCGGGGUGACUCAGAUGAAGGAGGAAGUCACUGCUGUCUGGUUGCCAUUGGUCGCCUUCAAGUCACCAACACCCCAAACUGCAGUGACAUCAUGGGGCCAAACCCUCCCACUGAGUUUAUAUCCCGGCACAGCAUUGACGGCAAGUUCACAUUUGUAGAUCAAAGGGUGACCCCUGUGCUAGGGUACCAACCACAGGAACUGCUUGGUAAACUUGCCUUUGAGUUCUACCACCCAGAAGACCAGACCCACAUGAAGGAGACCUUUGAACAGGUGCUGAAACUAAAAGGCCAAGUGAUGUCAAUGAUGUAUAGGUUCCGUGCCUCGAACCUGGACUGGGUUUGGCUGCGGACAAGCAGCUUCAGCUUCCAGAAUCCAUACACAGACGAAGUGGAGUACAUUGUGUGCACCAAUACUCUAGUCAAAAGCUCUCAGCAAGGCCAGAUCACACCCAUUCACAACCAGGCAGAUCCAGCGUCAGAUGCAGCCAUGGCUAGCAUUCCUUCGUACUCAGCUGCUGCCAGAACCAUGCAGCCCGACCCUAUGGGCUUAGGUGCGGCAGGAAGUGCCGGCAAGCCCCCAGACUACACGACGGACAUGUACCACAUGGGCCAGCACUCUGCCAUGCAGCAAGAGGUCUACGCUGGCUACCAGACUGCGGGGACGAUGAAAUAUGCAGCCCAACCCUCCAUCACCCCACCACAGGCCAUGGCUGGUCUGGGAAUGAGGCGCAGUCCCGCACAGAAUACAGCAAAUGGUUGGACGCAUCAUGGUGCAUUUACGCGAACUGAUAAUGGUGCAGACUAUGGGGCAGCAGCUGUCAGCAUUGGGCAUUACAGUACAGUCAGUCCUGCAGCCAACCCAGCAGGGACAAUGUGGUCACAGCAGUGGCAGACUGCAGACACUUCCUCCCAGCAGCAACAGCAACAUCCUCAGCAGCAAGAAGAGUUCACUGACAUGUUCGGCAUGCUGGGUCCACAGGCUACUGAGUUCACAGAUCUUUCUGGGAUGUUCACAAACUUUACCGAAUAG